UGACUAUUUGAAACAUCUUGAAUUGGAUAAAACAUCAGAAGCACCAACAUGAACAGAAGACGAAUGCAAAUCGGUGGAAGGGCGUAUAAUGAACGCCUGAAAGCCACGAAUGAAUCAUACCAAAGAGUGGGACAGAGCUUGUAUGACAGUCAGUUACAACAACUCCAAAGCCAGCUCGAUACCUUCCGUGCCAAUUUGGAGGUUUUUGCACGAGAACAUCGCAAGGAUAUUCAGAAGGAUCCAGUGUUUCGAAUGCACUUUCAAAAAAUGUGUGCCAACAUUGGUGUCGAUCCUUUGGCCUCGAGCAAAGGAUACUGGGGAGAGCUACUGGGUGUGGGUGAUUUUUACUAUGAGCUUGGGAUCCAGAUUAUUGAUGUCUGCCUAUCGACACGAGCGUUGAAUGGCGGCUUAAUGGAGCUUUCAGAAAUCAAGCGACGAGUUGAGCGGAUGCGUGGAAUACAAAAUAGUAAUUCCAAGACUACGACAACAGGAGGUAGUAGAAACAAUGCCCCACAGGAUAGCAAUAGCAGUAGCAGUAGUAGUAAAUGGGCAGCCAUCACUUUAAGCAAUAACAACAAAGAUACCAGUAUGGAAAUCACAGAGGAUGAUGUCCUACGAGCGAUCAAGACACUCGCUCCAUUGGGAAGCGGGUUUCAGGUCUUACAACUUGGAGACAAGAAAAUGGUCAGCUCCGUGCCAAGAGAGUUGAAUCGAGACCAAUCUUUGAUCUUGGCACUUGUGCAGAAUACGAGUGGUCAUAUCAAUGCCAACAUGGUCAGUGAGCGACUUGGGUGGGAGAGUGGACGUAUUGAAACUGCUUUGGAUACACUACUGGAGGAUGGUUUGAUGUGGAUUGACCAACAAGCAGAGCCAUACGAAUAUUGGGUACCAGGGUUUUUUGAGCCUGAGGACGAUGAGAUUUAUGCGACAACAACAGUAGCGGCGUCUUCCUCAUGAGCUCAACUUUUUUUCUUUUUUUUUUGUUAUUG